ACGGUGGCUAUGUAGGCGUUUGUUGUGGACGGAGGUCGUAUUUAAUUUAUUGCAAGUUUGACUCCUGGGCAUACGGAGAGCCAUGUACCGCCGCAUAGCCAGGUGGGUUGAACAGCACUGGCAGUGUCCAGUCCGCUCUAUGGCCACUGUAGCCAGGAGGAGGAAAGGUCUGCCCAGUGCUUUCCCUGUGCUGGACCUUCCGCUAAAGCCCAUACACAGACAUAUCUAUGAAGCUAACAUACGCAACAGCACUGCCUGCAAAAACAAGUAUAUGGAGUUGAGGGAGAAGGUGAAAAAGGGGAGUGGGGAAAACGCCAUAGCCAGACACACCCAGAGAAACAAGAAGUUGCUGGUCAAGGACCGCCUUCAGCUCCUUUUGGAUGAUGAAGACUUCCUAGAGCUGUCGCCUUUUGCUGGUUUGGGUCUGCCAUAUGGAGACAUCCCUUCAGCUGGCUGCUUGACUGGCAUAGGCCGGAUCAAUGGACUGUGGUGUGUGUUCUUGGCUAAUGAUGCCACAGUGAAAGGUGGCACGGCUUACCCAAUCACAGUGAAGAAGCAGCUGAGGGCACAGGAAGUGGCAAUUCAGAAUCGUCUGCCCUGCGUCUACCUUGUUGAUUCUGGGGGAGCCUUCCUUCCACUGCAGUCAGAGAUCUUCCCAGAUAAAAACCAGGGAGGAAGGACGUUCUACAAUGAAGCAAUUAUGUCAGCCAUGAAGAUCCCACAGGUGUCAGUGGUGUGCGGAUCGUGCACGGCUGGGGGGGCGUACAUCCCCACCAUGGCAGAAGAAACAGUGAUGGUGCAUCGCAUAGGGACCAUAUUCCUUGGUGGACCACCGCUCGUCAAGGCCGCUUCAGGAGAGGAGGUUACACCAGAGGACUUGGGAGGUGCCAGGCUACAUGCUGAAGUUAGCGGCUGUGUGGACCAUUUUGUCUGGGGAGAGAAGGAGGCAUAUGAGUACACCAGGAACAUCAUAUCCACCCUCAACUACCAGUUGCCUGAGGAGGAAUCCAAUGAGGAGAAGGCAAAGAAGGGAGAGGAAGAGCCCCUCUAUGGUUCGGAGGAGCUUCUGGGGCUUGCACCACUGAAUUAUAACCACAGUCUGGAUGUUAAAAUGGUAGUUAGUCGACUGACAGAUGGGAGUCGAUUCCAGGAAUUUAAAGCUCGCUAUGGAACCACAUUAGUCACUGGCUUUGCUAAGAUACAUGGUCACCAGGUGGGUAUAGUUGCCAGCAACGGAGAACUGUCAUACGAAGCAUCUCUGAAGGGCAGCCAUUUUGUCCAGCUGUGUGACCAAAGAGACAUCCCUCUCGUCUUCCUCCAGAACACAGUGCCCAGGCCGGGUCUAACACUCUCUCCUGCCCAGGCGGAGAUUAACACGAACUGUCUGAAGGCCCGGGGUGCCAUGAUGUCCACAGUGGCAUGUGCCUCUGUCCCCAAAAUCACUGUGGUAAUUGGAGGCUGCCACGGUGCUGACAGUUAUGCUAUGUGUGGGCGGGCCUUUGAGCCAAACUUCCUGUUCCUGUGGCCUAAUGCCAGAGUGUCUUUGGUGGCUCCGGGCCACGGUGGCUCACUGCUUCCCCCUGGCAGAGAGGCGGAGGAGCUGAAGGAGGAACAGGAGAUGAAUAGCAAGCUGAAGGAGGAGAGCUCAGCAUUCUUCUCCUCUGGGAGGCUCUGGGAUGAUGGAGUCAUUUUACCUCAGGACACUAGGAAGGUUAUCAGAGACUGCCUAGACAUCAUCCAACAGCAGCAGUAUCAGCUGUCCACGGAGAAACUACGAUCUCCACUGUUGCGCGUCUAGAACGUCCCUCCAUCUCUCUCAUCCUCACAGCACUUCUACAAGUCCAUCCCUGCGACGAGGCUGCCGUUUCUCAAACCAGUCAGGUCGUUUAAAAAAAGUGACAACCUCCUCGUCGACACCUUAUGAGACGCCUUGCUGUCAGCUUCUCAUUAUUACAUUUUAGGAUCUUUCUCAGUUUCCCCUCAUUGGUUUAACCUUAUCAAAAUCAAUAGCUACCUCUGUUUUUGGGUUCACCUUGUUUUUAACGUUUCUAAAAAAGUGCCUUAAUUAGUGGACUGAGACUUGAUUCCUCAAGCAGGAGUCACUUUUCAACAUGUCACUGUCAUUUUGCUUGCCAUGAUAAACAACCAUUAGAUAACGAUACCGUAAUGUGAAUGUCAAUAUGACUAAUGUCUGUCCCAAAGAGCUGUCAGUUCGGUAUUUCUCUGGCAUGUCCACAACAUCAGUUGAGGUAAAAGGAUAAAUAAUGCACGGAAAGCAGCUGUGAGAUGGGGUAUGGAAAAAAAGGUGCUGUUCAAAAGUAGUACACUAGUGUGCUAGAGCUAAUCACACCGAUACUCAUGAGGGCAAUAUAUAUCACAGUUUUAGAGAUGACAUUAUGUAGGCUAACUUUAAACAAAACGUGUUUUUAUGACAUUAUAAAGUUGGUCAUUAUAACAUAUAGAGCUGUAUCAUCAGCAUACAUUCGAAAGUAUUCUGAUGAUACAGCUCCAAUAUCUCAGUUAAGUAACUCAGACACCCCUGGGCUGCACCAACAUGGCAUGGACAAAGUAGUCGAUUGGAGUGAUAAUAAUGCUCCUGAAAUUAACGCAAAGAAAAUGGAAGAAAUUGUAUUGGGUUCACCAUCUGACUUUCAAAAAUUUCCUAUUUUUAUCCAUAGUAAAAAAUAAAAUAAAGCAGGUAUUUUCAUACAAAUACUUGGGUAUUAUGAUAGAUCAUCUGUUAUCCUGGAAAGACCACACUGAAUUUGUCUGCAAAAAGACAAAACAAAGAAUUUAUUUUCUCUACUGCCUUAGGUCUUUUUGGGGUGUUUUUGUUACUUCUGUGAUUAUGAGUGUUCUACAGUAUUUUUUAUACUACAUACUACAAGCGUUUGUCCACUACUUUAAAGUCAAAACUGCCCCAACAAAUUAAAAUCUGCUCAAAUGCUGUAGGCCAAGCCCCUUGAGGAACUAUGGAUCAGCCAACCAUGAUAAUAAAUUAAGGCUGGCCAACAACAAUGUCUCUGACGCCAACCACGUCCUGAGCCGUGAAUACAAAUCGUACCACCAAACCGGAGAUACAGGGUUCCACGAUUUAUAACAAGGUCAGAGAGAGGCACUCGUUGGUACACCAGUCAAUCCUAAAAUUAAAUAUGGAGCUUUAUCCCAGAUCAAUUAUACAUUGGAGGGCCUUGAAUAUUGUCUUGUGUGAUUGUAAAGUUGUGCUAAUUUUUGUCUUUUCUGUGAUGUUGCUGUGGUAAUGCAAGAAAAUUUCCAGCCUUAAUCUGACAAGUAUCAUCAUCAUCAUCCCCAGCACAAUAGCCAAUUUCAUAUAUAAAACACCGAUGCCUAAAAACAAUGUACUGUAAUGAUAACAAAAUCAAUGCAAUGUAAUGUUUCUAUUUGUAUAAAGUGAUGAAAAAACAGCUGUAAAUACAUUUCAGAUUUCAGUUAUUAAAAAAAAAGUCCC